AGUUUCAGUGCAGCCUUCAAUGCUGAGUGCAUGCACGCGGGAGAACUCACCACGGUGUAUCGCGAAGUUACAAAACCGCUCGAGGAACAUCCACUGACUGCACUCCAGCCACCAGUCUCCUCCAAGCUCCAAGGACAGGGGACCUUCUUGUGAGGAAAGAGAAGCGAACUGAAGGAUUUUAACAACCCAGUGCUCAAUCCACAGCGAGCUGCCUGCUAACCGCCGAAGAGCUGUCCAGUGCUGUGGUGCUGAAAACGUGUUUAACAUGAGAACUGUUCUUGUAAGAGCAGCCCGAGCCUUUGGAGACUACUUGUCCCACGCGCACCCUGACAACUGCAACGGAUCAGAUCACUUGCUCUCUGACACCCUCAUCGGCCCAGACACAGACUCCCUAGACCGGCUUAGCCUCCAGAACAACAACCUCCCCACCUACCCCGUGCGAGGCCCCUCCGGCAACCCCGAGCCCAGUCUGAUCACCUCCCCGCUGGGCAUCCUCUCGCCACCGCCCCCUCCCGCCUCCGCGUCGUCCUCCUCCUCCUGUGGCGGCAAGGCCCAGCUGUCCCUGGAGCGCAGCUUCUCGGCCGAGGAGGACCAGCAGAAGUGCGCCGAGUGCGCGCUGCAGCCCGCCCGCGUCUACACCAUCACCGGGGAGAGCGGCAUGCUGGGAGGCGGCCGCGGGAGCAAGGAGACCCUGGAGCUGGAGGUGCUCCGGGGGGCCCGAGAGCCGGCGGCGGGCGGGGGUCCUCCGCUGCAGCCCGGGGGCCACCACCCGCGCCUCCCCCAGACCUCCACCCCGUCGCCCUCGGCCUCCUCGUCGCCCACCGCCCAGCACCACCACCGCCACGGCGUGAGCGCCGACAGGGCUCACCACCACGGCAACCAUCACCACGGCAACCCGUACGCCUCCUCCUCCUCCUCCUCCUCCGCCCACGGAGGCGGAGGAGCGGGCAACGGCGGCGAGGGCACGAGCGGCGGCGGAAGCUCCCGCCACCGCCACCACCACCUGGCGCAGCCGCCGCUGCAGAGCUCGGUCAGCGCCCACAACAUCCGCGGCUGGGGCGAGGGCAAGGACACCUGCGGCAGCGGCAGCGGCGGCGGGCUGGCCUGCGAGGUGUGCGCCGUGGGCCUGGGCGGCAUGACCACCGGCGGCGUGCCCUCGCGCAGCCAGGGCUCCCUGGACCUGGAGAGCAGCGGCCGCGAGGCAGGCAAGCAGCACCGGCGCCUAGAGCGGAUGCAUAGUGUGGACCGGGUGACUGGGCUGGACCGAGAAGACAACAACUGGUUCCCAAAAGAGAACAUGUUCAGUUUUCAGACAGCCACAACAACCAUGCAAGCGAUAACAAACUUCCGGAAGCAUUUGAGAAUGGUGGGCAGCAGAAGAAUGAAAGCACAGACGUUUGCGGAACGCAGAGCGAAGAGCUUCAACCGCUCCUGGAGCGACCCUACUCCUGUCAAGCCUGACACUCCAAACGAGUCAAAAGACAGUGGGGAGCUGCAGGCGUCGUGUGGGGCACAGGACGAGGCUAGUAGUGACGACUUGGACUGGGAGGAGGAGAGGGAGCUGGAGCGGCUCGCCUGCGAAGGAGAUGACUUCAUCCCUCCUAAAAUCAUGCUUAUCUCCUCCAAAGUGCCCAAGGCAGAGUAUGUCCCCAACAUCAUUCGCAGAGAUGACCCAUCGAUCAUUCCUAUCCUCUAUGAUCAUGAGCAUGCUACUUUUGAUGAUAUUCUGGACGAGAUAGAUAAGAGGCUCACGGCCUACAGGAGAGGCAGUAAAAUUUGGCAGAUGCUCAUCUUUUGUCAGGGAGGUCCGGGUCACCUGUAUUUGCUGAAAAACAAAGUGGCCACGUUCGCCAAGGUGGAGAAGGAGGAAGACAUGUGCCUGUUCUGGAAGAGACUGGGCCGCUUUAUGAGCAAGCUCAACCCUGAGCCCAACCUAAUCCACAUCAUGGGCUGUUACGUGCUCGGCAACCCCAAUGGAGAAAAGCUGUUCCAGAAACUGAAGAACCUGAUGAGGCCCUGUUCCGUAACCUUCGAAUCGCCUCUGGAGCUCUCCUCACAGGGCAAGGAGUUGAUCGAGAAGUACUUCGACUUCCGCCUCUUCCGCCUGUGGAAGACGCGCCAGCACUCCAAGCUGCUGGAGUUCGAGGAGCUCCUGUGACGCGGCGUCUCGGGUGGGGACGUCCCCUCGUGACGAGACAGGAAGUCCCGCCGCCCAGCUCAUCUCACCAGCUUUUCAUUGAGGACGAGAUGGACAGAAGAGACACGCGGAGAAGUUAGCGGGAGGGAUGUGUAUGUGUGUGUGUGUGUGUGUAUCUGGGUGAGACUGACUGUGUUGUGUGUGUGUGUAUGUGUGUGUAGGAGUGUGUGUCUCCCCCAUGAUUUAUUUAGGCUCUCCACUCCAGACGCUCUCCCUCCAUCGCUCUCGUUCAGAUGUCAGAGACUGAACACACACACAUACACACACACACACACACACACACACACACACACACACACACACUCACACACUCACCCAUGAUCUCCACAUGCAGGAGUAUCUAGCAGGAUCUCACUAGAACUUGCCUUUGACAUCCCACAGCCAACAUCAACACACGCCAGCUGUGCACUGUGCUACUGUAUGGCUUUUCUGGGGCGCACGGCAAAGGACAAAAAUAUCGGGAGGCGCGAGAGCGAAGAGAGAUGAGACAGGAAACUGAACAAGGCAGAUCAUAUGUUUGUCGCUCCGUACCCUGUGCUUUGGGGUGACUCAAGGGACCCUGCCACUUUGCGUGGGAAGACAGCCAAUGAAAACAAGACUGUUGUAUUUCUGUCAUGUGUCUGUGACACAGUACCAGCCAUCAAAGACACUCUGCCCACAUAUCAAGACUUGACAGAGAAUAUCAUACGCAAAACAUAUGCCAUCCAUAAUUAAACAAACUCAUAAUUAUACCUAUACCCGCCACAUGAAUAUAUAGUAUAGCUAUAGUCAUACAAAUACUCUUGUGUGUCAGAAAAAAAAAUUAUAACAAUUUAUUUUUGAUGUGUAUUG